UUUUAACAUAAUUCCAAUAUUUCUUUCUUAUAUUAAUCUUUUUAAUACAACAAAAAGACACUUUUACCCUUCCUCUUCUUCCCGCUGUUUCCUCUCUUCUCUCUCCAUCUUUUUCUCCAUCUUCCCUCUUCUCCUUCUUCAUCUUCCCCCACAAAAACCUAAAUCACGAUUCUCCAAAAUCGCUUCAAAAAAUCACUCUAAAUCCCAUCUUCUCUACCACCGGAGAUACACCGCCGUUACAUGGCCGCGACAUCAAACUCAGGCGAAGAUCCGACUCUCUCUUACCAUCACCGAUCUCCUUUUCGCUUCGAAUUACUUCAAUCUAUCUCUUCCUCUGAUCCUCGUUACUCUUCUCUAACUCCUUCUUCAACGAAUCGACCUUUCUCAGUCUCUCAAUCGCUUCCGAAUUCACAACUGUCUCCUCUAAUUUCACCUCACUGGGACGAUUCUUACUCUCAAAUCACUCAGAAAGUUCAGAAGAGUAGAAAGAAUCAUCGAAUUCAGCUUGGAUCUAUUGCCAACAUGUCUGGAGGAGAAAGCAUAGAUAUAGCUAAAGUAAUAGUGAAACAAGAGUCGUCUCCUCAAAAUGUUAAACGUGUAUACAACAAGUCAAAGGGUGGUACUAAACUGUUAAAGGCUGGGAAACGAAUGGCGAAUGGCGAAGUGCAAAAUGGUGGCUUAAAUGGAGCUAGUAUUAACUGCCGUUAUGACAGUUCUUUAGGGUUGUUGACAAAAAAAUUCGUGAAGUUGAUCCAGGAAGCUGAGGAUGGAACACUUGACCUUAACUAUUGUGCAGUUGUUUUGGAGGUACAAAAAAGAAGGAUAUAUGAUAUUACAAAUGUCCUUGAAGGAAUUGGAUUGAUAGAGAAAACUACAAAGAAUCAUAUCCGCUGGAAGGGUGCUGACAAUCUUGGACAAAAGGACCUGGGAGAUCAAAUUUCUAGGCUUAAGUCAGAAGUAGAGAGUAUGCAAUCUGAGGAAAGCAGGUUGGAUGAUCUUAUAAGGGAACGACAAGAAGCUCUCAGAUCCUUGGAGGAAGAUGACUACUGUAGAAGGUACAUGUUUAUGACGGAGGAAGAUAUAACGAGUCUCCCACGGUUUCAGAACCAGACAUUACUAGCAAUUAAAGCUCCUACAGCUAGUUACAUCGAAGUUCCAGAUCCUGAUGAGAUGAGUUUUCCGCAACAGUACCGGAUGGUGAUUAGGAGUAGAAUGGGGCCGAUUGAUGUCUAUCUUUUAAGCAAAUACAAAGGAGACAGUGCGGAAACAAGCGACAAGUUGGGUAAUGAGUCUGAUCAAAAAGCUCCAGUUGGAGUAGACACUCCUUCCUUGAAAAUAGUAACUUCAGAUACUGAUUUAAAAGCAGAUUACUGGUUCGAGUCAGAUGCAGAGGUGAGCCUCACAGAUUUAUGGAGCAACUUCAACAGCUGAGAAACAAAGUUGUUUGAAACCUCAAAUUCCCAAUUACUAGGAUGAGGAUGAAUUUUCUGUUACAUUUUACUACCCCUUUUGAGCCUGAAAUCCUAAUAGAUUUUUUUCCUUAUAAAAAUAAAAGAUGCAAUAUUUUAAGGUCAUUCAAGGGAUGUGGCAAUUAUGUGAAAAAACUUGUACUCUAAUUAGAUAUAUAAUUAUACUUAAUGGCCUUUUGCAUGUCAAUGCAUACAUCUGUUUUUGUAACAUGUG